AUGAACCAGAUACUUAACGCCCAAAGACUGAUACAAUUGUCACAGUUCCACCCUAAGCUGAAAAAUAUAUGGUAUCUUGUUGCCGCUGCCACGUUUAGUGUUUGUAAUGAGCCACAGGAAGUACCCAAAUUAUACCACUAUGCCAUGCUGCUUAGUAAUGAUAAUGCGCACAUGUACAGAUUCACAUUAGCUUCCCAAACCAUUGAUUUACUGCGUUCAGAUUUACCAACAAGGAGAAACUUGAUCAAUGAAAAUUACCGACAGCCUACGUUUUUUCAAAAGCAAUUGACAGCAAAAUUUAGAGAGGUCAUUCUUAAAACAGGGCCCCUAGGCGGCCUUCCAAGAGCGAUCAAUGGUCUUACUGUACUAAAGGAAACUACACCGGAUAAUUUACUACCACAUUUAGAUCCAAUAGACCCAUGGGAGGCUGCCAUGGGAAAUGGCUCUCCGCUUUCUGAGUCUUCUAUGAGAAGAAAACAUGAUAAGACAAUUCAGGAAAGAGAUCACACUAUACAGGAUGGGUUACGGCAUUGGAAUUCAAUAUACAACAAAGUUUCGACUCGCGUGGUUAAUAAUCUAAACUCUUCAUAUCCAGAUCUAUGGUAUUACACACUAGUCCAUGUGUAUGGUCCCUUAUUCGCUUUUGAUGAGAUAUUAUCCGCGCAAGAGACAAGUUUAGUAAUAAUUGCAUCCCUGGUUCCUCAAGAUGUUAACCCUCAAUUGCGUGGACAUUUGAAAGGGGCAUUGAAUAUAGGUUGUGAUAAGGAAACUGUGGAAGCAGUAAGAGGAUUGGCUAUGUUAAUAUCUCAGUGGUGUGGUGUCAGUUGGAAAUCUGGUGUGGUAAAAUUAUGA